AUGAAGAAAGAAGAAGUCCAAGAAAUCUUUCUUAAAAUCCUUCGUGAAGAAGAGGAUGUAUCUGUUGGAGUUGCAGCAAUUAAAACAUUAUUAACAGUCAUAGAGAACUAUAAAGUGGCCACAGUAAGAGAAUUAGAUUUGAACCUGCAACUAGCAGUGGAUGCAAUGAGACAUUGUGAUCAGCCUGUAACUGCUAUAUCAUCAGGAUGUGAGCUCUUCAUGCGCUUUAUUACAUUUGCUAAAUUAGAUGUUAAGUCAUUUGAAGAAUGUGAGCAGAUAAUGUUACAGCGUGGUAGAGUAUUUCUAGAUACAUUGCUUGAAGCCAGAGGAAAAGUAGCAAAGGAAGCAUUGCCAUUCAUUAGUGAUGGUUGUAAAAUACUUACUCAUUCUCGAUCCCGAGUGGUACUAGCUGCAAUGCUGGAAGCUGUAAAGGCAAAUAAAAGAUUCCAGGUCUUUGUUACAUCUUCUUGUCCUGACAAUAGUGGGGAACGAAUGCACAAAGAGUUAGUAGCGGCUGGUAUUGAAGCAACACUCAUUCUCGAUUCGGCUCUAGGAUACAUCAUGGAACAAGUUGAUAUUGUGAUGAUUGGUGCUGAAGGCGUCACUGAGAGUGGUGGAAUUAUUAAUAAGAUUGGAACUUAUUGCUUAGCAAUGUCGGCUUUAGAACUUAAAAAGCCAGUCUAUGUUCUGACUGAAAGUUUUAAAUUCUCAAGAAUAUAUCCCCUGAACCAACAAGAUCUGCCCAACGAAUUUAAGUAUCUGUCAAGUGUUAUCGCAUCUGGCGACUUGUCAAAACAACACCCGAUGGUCGACUAUACACCUCCUUCGUAUAUAACAUUACUCUUUACUGACUUGGGUAUUCUUACACCCUCGGCAGUUAGUGACGAAUUAAUAAAGUUGUAUUUGUAA